UUCAGGUGACCCAACUGUCCACCCCUGAAAAAGGCGGUCAUAAAACCCCCAGGCGACGAAGAUGAUGGCACGUCGGGACCCCAAAUCUUGGGCCAAGAGACUGGUGAGAGCCCAGACCCUCCAGAAGCAGCGGAGGGCCCCAGUUGGGCCAAGGGCUCCCCCGCCCGAUGAAGAAGAUCCCAGGCUCAAGUGCAAAAACUGCGGGGCCUUUGGCCACACGGCCAGAAGUACCAGGUGCCCCAUGAAGUGCUGGAAGGCAGCCCUGGUUCCAGCGACCUUGGGGAAAAAGGAAGGGAAGGAAAACCUGAAACCAUGGAAGCCCCAGGUUGAAGCCAACCCGGGGCCCUUGAACAAGGAUAAGGGAGAGAAGGAAGAGAGACCAAGGCAACAAGACCCGCAGAGGAAGGCUCUCCUCCACAUAUUUUCUGGGAAACCUCCAGAGAAGCCGCUGCCGAAUCGAAAAGGAUCCACGGAAUCUUCUGAUUAUCUGAGGGUUGCAAGCGGGCCAAUGCCGGUCCACACAACCAGUAAGAGGCCGCGCCUGGGCCCUGUCCUCGCUGAUCGCUCAGCUACCGAAACGUCUGACAGGGGCUCCGUCUUGGCUUCGCCGUCUCCCCUCAGAAAAGCCAGUCUGAGCUCCUCCUCAAGUCUUGGACCAAAGGAAAGACAGACAGGGGCUGCGGCCGACAUCCCUCAGCCUGCAGUCAGGCAGCAGGGCCCCGAGCCUCUCCUCGUGGUGAAGCCGACACACAGCAGCCCUGAGGGUGGCUGCCGAGAAGUUCCCCAGGCUGCCUCCAAAACCCACGGCCUGCUCCAGGCCAUCAGACCCCAGGCACAGGACAAACGUCCUGCGGUGACCUCACAGCCCUGCCCGCCAGCCGCCACACACAGCUUGGGCCUAGGCUCCAAUCUCAGCUUCGGGCCAGGAGCCAAGAGACCUGCCCAGGCUCGGAUUCAGGCUUGCCUGAACUUCCCCAAGAAACCGAGACUGGGUCCCUUCCAGAUCCCCGAAAGCGCCAUCCAGGGAGGUGAGCUGGGGGCCCCGGAGAAUCUCCAACCUCCGCCAGCCGCAACCGAACUUGGACCAAGUACGUCGCCCCAGAUGGGCAGGAGGACACCCGCCCAGGUGCCCAGCGUCGACCGGCAGCCUCCGCACAGCAGACCUUGCCUGCCUACUGCCCAGGCCUGCACCAUGUCCCAUCACCCAGCGGCCAGCCAUGAUGGGGCCCAGCCUCUCACAGUGCUCUUCCGGAGACUGGAAAACGGACGCUGGAGCUCCAGCCUCCUGGCGGCCCCCUCAUUUCACUCUCCUGAGAAGCCGGGAGCCUUCCUCGCUCAGAGCCCUCAUGUGUCAGAGAAGUCUGAGGGUCCCCGUGUUCGUGUCCCACCGAGCGUCCUCUAUGAGGACCUUCAGGUUUCCUCCUCCUCAGAGGACAGCGAUUCUGACCUGGAGUGA